AUGAAAAAAAUCUGCAAUAAAAUAACGAAACAGCAGUGGAGAAUCACCGUUCCGAAUAUCAACUCGAAAAAAGCCGCUACCGAGCGAAAAUCGGGCUCUUACGACUUGGAAGCGGCCCAAAAGGAAUACGACCGCACUAGAACUGUGCCAAACAGUGUUUUUGUAAACAGUGAUAGUGAUAGUGACACCGACGACGAAAAAUUCCAAGACGCAAUGGAAAAUGGUACAAGUUACCUGAACGAACCAACGGAACCAGUGGAAUACGACGUCCCCAAAAUCAGCUUCAAAUUUCUAUCAAAGGGUGAACCCCCCGAAAACGAUGUGGUGCUCAAAAGUGAAGUGUGCUUCGAAGUCGCAACCCCUGAACCCUCCCCCGUCAAAAGUGACAUCGAAAUUUUGCCAGUGGUGGGCAUUAUCAAGUGCGGAAGUGACCCAAACCUGGUGCUUCGUGACCACGAAGACGACGGUCUUUACAAAAUCCCGAGACAAUUGGCCAGGUGUCGUCUAUCACAAUCUUUAAACGAUUUCAAAGUCGAGGAGUUCCAAGCCUACACUUCGAACCACUCGAGCAUCGAACAUGUCUCCUGUAGUCAGGUUAUUGUGCAAAGUCCGGACGUACCACCGGAGAAUUUCGACUAUUGCAAAGCCCGGAGUAAAUUACCGAUGAAGUUACGGAGGCCCACUUUUUUGAGAAAACCCAAAAAAGCAGUCGAUACUUGGAACCAAAUCCGGACGAAGUUUAGCAAUAUUAUGAUCGAACAUGCGGCCCAGCAGCGAGUUGGGGCAUUCAGUGAUAAGGAUAAGGUCACUCUUAAUCUUGAAGAAGUGUACAAAACGUCCAAAACUAAGUGCAAGAACGCGUUUAAAAGCACAACGAGGAUGUUCAAGCGGAAUCAGGAUUCGCUUGAUAGUGAAAAUUCGGGGCAGUUUGUUAAAAAUGAGGCGUUUUUUGCAAGAGUGCCGCUCACGCCGAAUGAUAUUGAGUAUAAAUUUGAUUUCAACAAUGAAAAGGGCACCAAUGAUGAUGAGAAGGCUGAGUUUGAUUUUUCAUCGAUUAAAUCGGCGUUUCGGAGAAGUAAAUUCGUGGCGGAGGGGCAAAAUGGGUUUGAAGAUCUUAGAAGAUACGUGAAACAGGGGGGCGAUUUCUGCAAGGAACUCGCCACCAUACUCCAAGAAAGGGCCGAAGCUGAGACCCAAUACGCCAAAAACUUAUCAAAACUCAGCUCUAAACUAUCCCGAGCAUGUCGCGACGGCGUCGGCGGCCUAAACGAAGCCUGGAAAGCCGUCGCUAUUGAACUGGAAACUCGGGCUGAAAUCCACCGCCUGAUGGGCCAAGCCCUCUCGGAGGAGACGGCGAAACCGCUCCGGAACAUGACGGAGAACCAGCACCGGACCCGGAAACAGUGCGAAGGGACGGUGGACAAAGCGGCCAAAUCCUUGGCCGAAUGGAGGACAGCUGAGGCCAAGAGCAAGAAGCAAAGCCAUACGUGUGCCAGAGACAACGAAAAGUUGCAAGAUGCCGCCGUUUUGGAUACGUCGAGGUCGGGGAAGUUGACGUUGAAUAGGAGCAGCAGUUUGAUCCAGCUGGCGCACAUGCACAAUAAAAACACCCCGGAUAAGGAAAAUACGAAGCUGGAAGGGAAGAAGCGCAAGGCGGAGGAUGCAGUGAAGAAGGCUGAUAUCGAGUAUUACACGCUUUGCGUCCGGGCAGAGAGGGCAAGACUGGAAUGGGAAUCGGCCGUUUUGCGGGGCGUCAACACGUUUCAGUCGCUUGAAGAAGAGAGACUGAAUCAUCUGAAAACCGUUCUAACGUCGUAUCUUCAUCACAGUGCCGAACUAGGGCCUAGACUAAUAGAAGCAUCUGAGAGACUCAAAGCCCCGGUCACGCAAGCUGAAUCGGGUAAAGAUUUGAGCACUUUUAUUAAUUUGAGACAAUCCUCGCAACAAGUUUCCGAACAGCUUUUGCCGGAUUUUUACUGCGAACAUAUUACUUUGGCUAUGAAUAGGGAACGGCGGAAGCAGGCUUUGGUCAAAUUACUACACCUAAUCCGGCAAGAUAUCGAAAGGGAGAGGAAGUCUAAGAAUGGUUUGGAAAACUUAUCUAAAGCCAUUAAGCAAACGCCAAAUUUCGGUGCUGAGGAUUCGCAACAAAGUGUCAGCGAAAAACUGUAUCAUAUGAAGUCGAUGUUAACGUAUUUGGAGGGAGCACGAUACAAACUACACAAUGCUUUAGCAGAACUUGACAGUAAACCAAGGUCUGGGCAUCCCCUAGCAGCCCAUAUUACCAUAACGAGGGAUAAAUCGGGAUUGCAACAAAGCAUACUUAAGGUGCCUCAGUGGUUGAAAGAAGAAUGGUUCGAGACGGAGAAGAGCCCCCUGAGUGAAAAAUCCGUCAGAUCAAGCAAAUCGGAUAAUUCCGAUCCGCACAACAAUGACAUAGCCGACCCCGAAUGGACCGACAGGGGGGCUGCUGACGGCAACUCUAAUCAGCCUGACUCCGAUUUCGAUGAGUUUUCGUCUCAAUGCAGCAGUGCUGAAAACAUUUGCAACACGGAAGAGAGUCCAGUGCAGCCAAUCGCACAAUGCAAAGCUCUGUACGCUUACACUCCCAAUUUAACCGACGAGUUGGCGUUACAACCAGGCGAUCUCCUCUCGGUUUAUCGGCAGCAAGACGACGGCUGGUGGCUGGGAGAGUGCAAGGGAAACGUCGGGAUUUUCCCCGCAACUUACGUCGAGCUGAUCAAUUCGAACUAAAGACUGGAGAACGAUUCCACGUUGGGAUAAACGCUGUACAAAUAAUUUUAACGUUCUUCCCUCCCCACUUUAUACAAAUUUUUUAUUCACACCUUAUUAAUAUUUUGUUAACAGCAGUGAUAAUAAAAGUGUAACUCCUC